AUGAAAAAAAUUUUAUUAAUAUUUAUUUCAUUUUAUUUCAUUCAAUCCAUUUUUGGUGCGAUUGAAAAUAAAAAGGUAAUAAUCCAACCAAAUAAUUUUUUAAUAAGUUAUUUAUCACUUUUUAAUAAUUAUGAUUUACCAAAUUCAAAAGUAACAUUGGAAAAUAAGAAUGAUUUAAUUAAAAUUAAUACAACUACUAAUGGAAGUAGUAUAAUUAGUUUUGAUGAUUCAAUAUUUAAGCCAAAUAAAUUAUAUUUUGAAGAUAAAAUUAAUAAUAUUUCAAUUAUUGAAAAUAAUAAAACUAUUAGUUUUGAUUUAUUAUUUAAUCAAACAAAUCAACGAUACUAUUUAAACAGUAAUAAUAAUAAUUAUAUAAUAUUAUAUAAAGAGUUACAACAAAUUAAAUCAUUAUCAAUAUUUAAAUCAAUUAUUGGGGAUAUUAAUGUUAAAAUUAAUAAUUCAGUAGCAAUUUUAAAUAAUAUCAACACACUUCCAAUUAAACUGGGUAAUGGUAAUUUUGAAAAUAUUUAUAAAUCAAUUUCUCACCAAAUAAUUAAAAAUUUAAAACCAUCGUUAUAUAAUGAAAACGAAAAAAAUUUAUAUGGAUACAAUGAUUUUGAAAACAAGCCCGAACAAACUCAAACCCUUUCAUUUUUAAAAGGUUUUCUAAAUUUUUUACAAAUCUCAAUCAAAAAGAAUUCCCACACAAAACAACAAUCAAAUUCGUCUUUUCUUUAUAACGAGAAUGCAAAUGUUUUUUAUGAUUUGAAAAAUUUAAUAAAAUCUAAAAGUAACGCCUCAUAUUACAGCUCUUCAAUAACAUCAUUCUUUUAUGAUUUAUAUGAAUUAGAAGGUUUUAAAGAAUCAAGUGUAUCAUUUUUAAUUGAUGUGUUAAGUAAUAAUGAAAAUGUUUAUGAUUUCAAAACAUAUUUCAUAGAGUUAUUAAAUGCAGCCAAUAAUGAUAAAAAACCAAUGAUUUAUCAAUCGUUAAAUUCAAAUUAUUUGUGUUUCUUUGAAAGUAAUUGUCAAUUCAUUGCACCAAAAACAUCAUCACUCGAAUCAAAUUCAACCUCUGCUCAAUCAAAGACAAUCGAUAUAUCCUCUCGUGCUUCAAUUGGUGUAUUGGAAGACCAAGUUAAUUCUAUUCAAUCAUUAUUACCUGUAGAAGUUGGAAAUCCAAAAACCAUUCCAUUUUAUAGUCUUUACAAUUAUGUUUAUACAUACUCUGAUACAAACUACGAUGAUUUCAUUCAAAAUGCUAGAGUGGAAAGUCCACAUACUAAAGAUUCUAAAAAUAGAUGUGUUUUCCAAGAUUCUAAAAAUAGAUUUUUCGAUUUAUCACCAACUUCAAAUGUUUUAGGAUCAUCACAAUUUACUACAACAAAUGGUAGCAACAUUUUUUAUUUUGGUCUUUGUGAAACAUCAACUUUAUGUACUGCUACAGCUGGUGAGGGUCCAAUUCAAUCAUGUGUUUCAGUCAAUGGCACAAGGUAUCCAACUGGUAUUACUCUAUUCAGUCAUGUCCAAUUCUUUGAUAAAGGUUUAACAAUUCAAUACCAAUCAGGAAAAAUCGAUAGUACCAAGUGUACCAAUCAAACUGGUUAUCAUAGAAUAAGUAACUUUAUUUUAACUUGUGAUACAACUCAAAACUAUGCAAUUAAAGGCUUUGUGGAAAGUUCAACAUGUGUCUACGAUGUUCAAAUCUCCACUAAAUUUGCUUGUCCAAUUGAAAACAAAUACUUAUUUGGUGGCAAUCAAUAUGAUUUAAGAUCAUUGAAAUUAACAUCAUCAUCAAAUCCAUAUUCGUCAGCUCUAGAGCUCAAUAGAUUCCUUUUCAAUUUCGGUGGUGGUACUGUUGAUGUAUGUAAUAAAUUCUCAGGAUUAAGUGGAAAGUAUUAUGGUUGUCUUAUUUUAGGACUUGGAAAAACAACUAUUCCAUUCUUUGAUAAACCAACAGUAUCCAAAGUACCAUUUAUUGCAAGUAGUAACACAUCAAACAAUAUUUUAAUUUCAUUUAAUUCAUCAUCUACCCCUACCAUUUGUACAACCAAACCAGAGAUAAAGGUAUAUAUUAGAUGCUCCAAUACUGAAUUCACCGUCUUAACCACUGUUAAUAACUCUAUUUGCAAUCAAACAAUCUAUGCAUCAUCCAAAAAUGCAUGUCCGUUAGCAUAUUAUGAAUACUUUGGAAGUAAUCCUACUUCCAGUAGUACUUUUUAUGGUCAAGUAUUUGAUUUUUCACCAUUACAAAAUAGAACAAUAAAUGGUUCAAUUGAAUACCGUGGUCUAACAUUUGGUAAUUAUGAUUCUUCUUAUUAUCAUAAUUUCGGAAUUCAACCUAUUUCUUGUGGAGCUGAUAAUUUUGCUUGUCAAAUAUUAAGUUCCAAUAGAAAUACUUAUCCACUUGGAAAAACACAAUAUUAUCAAUAUUCAGCUAAUAGUUUAUCAAUCAAAUCAUAUGGUCUUACUACUCAUAGUGAUUGUCCCUCAUCAGGUUAUAAAAGAACACUCAAACUUUCAUUCACAUGCAACAAAACUGAAAAUUAUAAAGUUACAUCAUACAGUGAAAAUCCAAUGUGUACAUACAAUUUAAAUAUUCAAUCCAAAUAUGCUUGUCAACAAACUGUUUCAGCUCUCUAUCAUAACGUAUUACUCGAUAACUAUAUUGAUUUGAGACCUCUCAAAACUAUUUCAUCAGGUAAUUACAUAUAUAAAUAUGAAUAUGAUACAAUUUAUUUUAAUAUGGGUGGAAACACGCAUCAAUGUAUGAUCUCAGGUGUUGCAUAUCAAUCAUGUAUGAAUUUAACCAUUCCAUAUGGUAGCGUUGAAUCUCAACAAUUUAGAUAUCAAUCAUCUGGAAUAGAUAUAAUACACACUUAUACUGGCACAACAAAUAGAAAGUUUACAUUACAAUUAAGAUGUAAUACUUUAUAUCCAUUCCGUAUUUAUAGUAUAUCAAAAUCAAGUGCAGAAAUUUAUAUUGGGGUGUAUUCAGAACAUGCAUGCACUAAAACAUUCUCACAAAUUUACCCCAAUAAUCCAGCCCUUAAAAAUCCAUGUGAGUACACCUGUAGAACACCUCAAAGAGCUUAUACAUUUAAUUCAAUCACUCAUGUUCUUCUUUCAGGAGGCGUUUGUGGUGGUGAAUUCCAAUCAAACUACACAGAUAUUCAAUUAUCAACAUUAUUUUCACAAUAUUGGUAUGACAACAAAAUACCAAAUGAUUGGACUACUGGCCAAUUCUAUAAUCUCCUAUUCACCAAUUCCACAAUUACCAAACAAAUCCUUUCAAAAUUUGUCACUAAAACAAAUAAUAAUUAUUGUAGCUACAUAUCUUCCACUGGCAAAUUUAAAACAUUUUCAAGUAUUUUAGAUCAAUCAAUAGAUCUUAGAAAGUUUGCUAAUCAAUCAAUUCACAGACAAGUAGAUAGAGGUUUAACGGUUACACACACACCACACCCAUCAAGUCCAUCAGCAUUAGGUCUUACUAUUAUCUCUAUCAAUAACAAAACUUGUGCCUUUUUAGAAACCACACUUGCAAAUGCAUUCACUACAGAAACAAUUAGAAAUUGUCCAUCAAGAGAUUAUUGCCGUUAUAAUUGUACUGGUAUUACCCAAAAUGAUUUAAAUUUAUUAAAUACUAAAAAUGAUUUAAAUAGUACUCUUUUAACAAUUGGUGUUUGUCCAAAUGAAUUAAUAAAAUAUAAUACUACCACAUUUGCCAAAGUUAUUAAAUUCUUUGAAAAAAGAUGGAUUGAUAAUCCAAUUAUUGGAAAUUGGAGAUCAGGUCAAUUCUAUGAAUAUUUAAAACUUACAAAUGUUGUUUCAAAAAUUAAUAUUCUUUCAAAAUAUGUAGAUUCAACAACUCGUCAUUAUGUUUGUACAUAUACAUCCACAGAAGUUAAACCAAAGAAUUCAUUUGACGAUAUAAAACAAAUUACUUCUGAUUUAUUUAAAUUAGCAUUGAAAAACAAUUCAACCAGAAAAAGUUAUACAAAUUUUGAUACUUAUUUCGCUCCUUCAAAAACCAAUUCAUCUUUUGGUUUAUCAAUGGUUUUUGUAAAUUUUAAGAUUUGUUCAUUCAUUGAAUCUUCAAUUCAAGAUUUCCAAAGUGGAAAAAUCAUUAAUUCAUGUCCAAUUGGUCCAAUUGUUGAUGACGUUACUGUAAAAUCACAAGAGAUUACUGUCAAUGCCAGAUUUUGUCCAACAAGUACCAAUACACUUUUUGCAUAUGUUGGUUCAAGUCAAGCUAGUUUUAAUUCCAUCCAAAGAUACACUAACGGAACAUGUAGAAUUAUCUUUAGAUUAAGUUCAUUAACUAUCGGUCUUCAAAAUAAAAGAAUUAAAAUUUAUAAUGAAUAUUCCAAAAAUAUUUACGAAUCAUUAUAUCCAAGAAAUAUAUUAUAUUACUUCAAAUUCCCAAUUCCAACUGUAACUAAAAUUACUUACUCUGCUACAAAUCCAAAAUAUAAUUCAUUAAUUACUGUUACUGGUGAAAACUUUUUACAAGCAACUGAUAGUAGAUAUGGUUUGGUUGUAAAAAUUGGUGAAACUAAUGUUACAGAUACAAUUACAUUUUUAACAAAUACACAAUUUUAUAUUAAGGCAAUUGGUGCUGGUUCAAAGUAUGUAUAA